UGACUAUGACAAGUGUUCAUGAAUAGGUUAAUAGUGACUGAUCUUGACUGAAGGCCCUGCCCUGUUGUGAAGAGUAUAAAUCCUGCCCUCUGUUUCCUAAGCAGGAGAGAAUUGUAGUUUCCUUUCUCACUUCUUGUGUCAGCCAUGGCUUCUGCUGCUCUGAGAGACGAAGUGGACUGUUCCAUCUGUCUGGACACUUAUACAGAUCCUCUAAUGCUGAAAUGUGGACACAACUUCUGCCAGGUCUGUAUUGAUCAGUUCCUGGAUACACAGGAGGGGUCUGGAGUUUAUUCCUGUCCUGAAUGCAGAGAAGAGUUUCAGGAUCGGCCUGCACUGAUGAGGAACAUCGCUCUGAGGAACAUAAUAGAGAACCUCCAGCUUACGGAACAAAGAAGGACAGAAACCGGGAUCUUCUGCACUUACUGUGUGCACUCCCCUGUGCCUGCUGUGAAGUCCUGUCUGCUGUGUGAGGCUUCUCUGUGUGACGAUCACCUGAGAACUCACAACAAGUCACCAGAACACGUCUUAUCUGAGCCCAGAACUUCUCUGGAGAACAAGAAAUGUUCUGUCCAUAAGAAGGUCCUGGAAUCUUACUGCACUGAGGACGCUGCUUGUAUCUGUGUGUCCUGUCUGAUCGGUGAACACAAUGGACCUAUGAUGGAGUCACUAGAUCAGGCUUCUAAAAACAAGAAGGAGAAACUGAGAAAUAUUCUCCAAAAAAUUACCAUAAAGAGAGAGGAAACUGAGGAAAGAGUCCAGAUUCUGGAGGAGCGCAGGAGAAAAGCUCAAGAAAAAGCAGCUGUAGAAGCGGAGAGAGUCACUGCCCUGGUUACAGACAUGAGGAGACGGCUGGACGACCUGGAGAAGAGGGUCCUGAGUGAGAUCUCCAGGCAGGAAAAGGAAGAGUCCCUGUCAUUGUCUACUCUGAUCCAUCAGCUGGAAAUAAAGAAGGACGAGCUGUCCAGGAAGAUGAGACACAUUGAGGAGCUGUGUAACAUGACGGAUCCAAUGACGGUCUUACAGGAACAAGACACAGGUGACUUAUGUGAUCCUGAGGAGGGGGGAGGGGAUGAGGACACAGGGGGACAUGAUAAGACACAUGAUGGGGAUGAUCUGGAUGUGACUGUGAUCUCAGACUCAUUCCGCACAUUAUGUGACAUAAUAUCAGGUAUAAGGAUCUAUGGGGAGGGUCCUGCAGACAUAUUACUGGAAAUAAACACAGCUGCUAAGAAUCUCCUUAUAUCAGAUGACCUGAAAACUGCAACAUGGAAACAAGAAAAACAGAAUCAUCCAAAAAAGGUAAAGAGAUUCCAGGAAUAUCAGGUGAUGAGCAGAAGGACAUUCUCCUCAGGACGACAUUACUGGGAUGUGGAGAUCAGUAGAUCAGUAGUACAGUGGAGUGUGGGGAUGAGUUAUCCCAGUAUAGACAGGAGGGGAGAUCAGUCAUUCAUUGGAUUUAACAACAAGUCCUGGGGUUUGUGGAGAAAUUGUCAUAAUCUGUAUUAUGUUAUACAUGACAGUAAACAGAUCAUGUUACCUCACAAUGCCUACAGUUAUAGAUUCAGGAUCUGUGUGGAUUAUGAGGCUGGGCGGCUGUCCUUUUAUGAGCUGUGUGACCCCAUCAAACACUUAUACACCUUCACCGCCACCUUCACCAAGCCCCUUCAUGCUGCAUUAUCUUUAUAUGGUGGUUCUAUAAAGAUAUUAGGGGGAGGUGGAAAAUGGAAAAGACCAUCCCAACCUAAGAAACUGCUGAGAUAAACCGAGAUUCUGAUUGGUUGAUUAUUUGUAGAAAUUAAAGGGGCAGUGCCUAAAAUAUAGCUUUUACUAGAUAU